AUGGCGGAUGAGACCGUGGAAGCAUGGGUCGUGGACGUGGAGAAGACUCUCGUCGACUCCCAGCCAGAGGCGGAAGGGGCAAAGUGGAUGGCUCAGAGCAUCUACCUGGUGCCGGCGCGCAUGAAGAUCCUCGGCGCCGGCGCCUACAAGCCGCGCACAUUGUCGCUGGGCCCCUACCACCAUGGCGACCCCGACCUGCUGCCCAUGGAGGUGCACAAGCGCCGCGCGCUCCGGCACGUUGUACGGCGCUCCGGUAAGACGGCCAGGCAGUUCGUCGCCGGCGUGGAGGAGGUCGCGGAGAAGCUGGAGGGCGCGUACGCGGAUCUCGGCGACGAGUGGCGCGGACCAGGCAACAGAAGCCGCUUCUUGCAGGUGAUGGUCACCGACGGGUGCUUCCUGCUCGAGGUGAUGAGGAUGGCCGCGGCGGGGGAGCACGUCGGGGACUACGCUCCCAAGGAUCCAGUCUUCAGCAUGCAUGGCCUUCUGUACACAGUUCCACACAUCAGGCUGGACAUGGUCAUCAUGGAGAACCAGCUGCCGCUCCUCCUGCUACAGAAGAUCAUGGCCCUGGAGAAUGUCAAUACUAAUUUGACCGACGAAUUCGCCAUCAACCGAAUGGUGCUGGAGUUUCUGUCCACGAUGUUGCAGCCGCUUCCGCCGGGCAUCGGGCUGGCGCUCCACCCCCUCGAUGUUAUCCGGCGGAGCUUCCUCUCCGGCCAGGACCAGUUAACUUCGAUCACACAGGGCCAGGGGUACAGCAUCCCGUCGGCGUUUGAGCUCUACCACGCCGGGAUCAGUUUCAAGGCGGGCAGUACGAUCAGCCCACGUUGCAUUAGCUUUCAGAAUGGCGUGCUGACCAUGCCUCGGUUUGUUAUGGACGACAGCAGCGAGUACUUUUUUCUCAACAUGAUGGCGUUCGAGCGGCUCCACGCCGACGCCGGGAAUGACGUGACGGAGUUCGUUCAGUUCCUGGGCAGCAUCCUCCUGUCAGCCCAGGACGUGAAGCUCCUGUGCUCCGAGGGGGUCAUCGAGAACAUACUCCACGAGGACGAGGCGGUCGUGGGCAUGUUCAAGCGGCUCGCCACCGACUUCGUGGUCGUGCGGGGCAGCGCCAUCGGCCACUUGUACCAGCAGGUGUACAUGUACAUUUGGAACAAUCCCUGUCGGGGACUCACCUACUGGUUCACGCAGUUCGUCAACACCUACUUCCACACCCCUUGGAAGGCCAUCUCGCUCUUCGCCGGCACUCUCCUCCUCAUGCUCAGCAUCGUGCAGACCUUGUACGCCGUCCUAUCUUUCUAUCGCAAAAAGGACUAA